GAUAUUCAGUUGCAAAACACCUUUCUUUAUAGCUUCUAACCCGGCAAUUAUUCACAAGAGCUGCCUACUGCCUACUGUCCACUCUUUGUUUCGCCCUUGUUUCUGUCCUCACAAGUCAUCUACACACAAUGGACUCAUCCUCGUCCACCAUCGCCGCAUCCUUCACCUCGACCUCGCAUGCAUCCCUCGCAGAAGCCGAGUCCAAAUUCCUCACCCGUACCCGCCUCCUCCACUUCCUCCGGCUAGGGCUUGCAACCCUUCUUUUCUGCCUCGCAAUACCCGCCAUCGCCUGCGAGGCCGUCGCCCUGCACCACUACCGCCAAACCGCACGCUACAGCCAGAUCUGGCUCUACCUGUGGCCCCUCAACCUCGAUCUUCGGCCAGCCAAGGCCCUCCUGGCCUGCGGCAGUGUCAUUGCAUUCCAGAACCUGGUCUACAUCAUCACCGCUCUUCUUCCAUCUCCCCACUCCCACAUCCGCCGGCUGAAUCUCCUCGCCGCGACAACGGCACUGACGGGGUUUAUCACAGCGCUCGUGGGUUUCGUGUUUGUGAUUUACCGUCCCGGCGCGAACGCGGGCGGGGAUGAGUUCCACGAUACGGAGACGCUGCACUCUUGGACGUGUAAGUGGAAGGCGACUUCCAGCUCUAACACCGCCCCUGCACACUUUGCGCGAGACUGCACGGUGACCCACGUAUCGUUUGUGUUGCUGGGGUUGCUGCUGGGGCUGGAGGUCGUGAUGGGGCUCGUCGCGACGGCGGGGAUGUGGUUGGAGCGGAGUGUGGCGCGGCAGAGGGGGGUAGAGGAGAAGCACCAGCAGCAGUCUUCGUUGGAGAUGGUGGGGAUGGUGGAUACGAAGGUUGAUCGGUAUCCGGGGACUUAGUUGGGCCCUGGGUGAGGGGAUUCUUCCUUGGGGUUGAGCGAGGAGUGAU